AGAAAAAAAAAAUACAGAAAGAAGCUCAGAAAAGUUGCAGCAACGAAGGAAAAACAACGCUACCUUCUCCAUAUUUAUCAAAUCGAUCAUCAUCAAAUAAAGUAUGAAGUUUUAAAGUUUCUCAGAUCACCAAAUUGUAGUAACAGAUUAGCUUCUCUAACUUGGAUCCUUCACGUUUCACUCUCCAAUUUCAUCUGAUUCGCUUUUGGAGAAACGAAAAAAGGAGUGAAGAAGAAGAAGAGACAAGGCAAAAGGCGUAAUGGGACAAGCUUUUCGCAAGCUAUUUGAUACUUUCUUCGGCAACUCUGAGAUGAGGGUUGUGAUGCUAGGGCUGGAUGCGGCUGGGAAAACAACUAUAUUGUACAAGCUGCAUAUAGGAGAAGUUCUGUCCACAGUUCCUACUAUUGGUUUCAAUGUAGAAAAAGUGCAGUACAAGAAUGUGGUUUUUACUGUGUGGGACGUUGGAGGACAAGAGAAAUUAAGGCCACUUUGGAGGCAUUACUUCAAUAACACAGAUGGACUGAUUUACGUCGUUGACUCUUUGGAUCGAGAGAGAAUCGGAAAGGCAAAGCAAGAGUUUCAGGCGAUCAUUAGAGAUCCAUUUAUGCUUAAUGCUGUCAUCUUGGUUUUCGCUAACAAGCAGGACAUGAAAGGAGCAAUGACUCCAAUGGAAGUGUGUGAAGGCCUCGGUCUUUAUGAUCUUAAAAACCGGAAAUGGCAUAUACAAGGUGCAUGUGCUCUUAAAGGGGAUGGUCUAUAUGAGGGACUAGACUGGUUAUCAAGCACUUUGAAAGAUCUCAAGGCUGCUGGGUACUCUUCAGUGGGGACUUCAGCCUUCUGAUUGAUCAGGCUUACUAAGAACCUAUUUGAGGGACAAAGCUGAUUACCCUGCCGUCUGUAUAUUAAACGCCUGAACUCACAUUGAACAUUGUUACUUGUUCUUUCGGGUCUGUGCUUUUAUGUAGUGGAAUCCUCUGAUCUAGGGUGAAGCUUGAUUUUUGAUUCUGCUGUAUGCUGAAAAUGUGGGCGUUGCAAUUGGUCUUCCCCGUACACGAGAAUUGUGUCUGUUGAUACCUACUGUAGUAUUUUAAGUAUGUAUACUUCCACAUGAAAUAGGUGAUUAAUGAUCUCCCUAACAAGCAUGCCAAAUUGAUCCACCCUGCUUCAUGAAAAGUUUGUCCCUAUAUGUAUCUUAUCAUUCCCGUUUUUGCCUCUAAGCAUGUGUUCUUGUGGAACAGUUUAUCUACAAGGAAACAUGUGGUAUCAACUGAGAUAAUUGUCUUUCUACUUUUAUGAAAAUUCUCUUUUCCACUAAA